UUUUCUUAUUGGCAAGGAGAAUCAAUAACGGGCUUCAGUGAUGGGCCGCUUGAAAGCUCGUAUUCGCCUUAAUAAAUCGAUCGCGCAAAGCUCAAAUACAAUCUGGUCUUCUAAACGCCAAAGUUUUGUCGUCCGUCUUGUUGGUCCCUUCUUUAGGCAACUGUUUGUUUAGUGUUUUUUUCUUUUUUUCAUGUUCUAAAUUGUUAAUUUAAAGAGAUGGGUUUGAAGCAAGCUAUAAAGAGUCUCGAUGCCUUUCCUCGUGCGGAGGAGCAUUUGUUGCAGAAAACCCAAUCUGGGGCACUUGUCUCGAUCAUUGGUCUAAUCAUAAUGGCCUCAUUAUUCCUGCACGAGCUAAGAUAUUAUGUUACAACAUAUACUGUUCAUCAGAUGUCUGUAGACUUGAAACGUGGAGAGACACUUCCAAUUCACAUAAACAUGACAUUUCCUUCUUUACCUUGUGAUGUCUUAAGUGUUGAUGCUAUUGAUAUGUCCGGAAAGCAUGAAGUUGAUCUCGAUACAAACAUAUGGAAACUUCGCUUGAACAGAUAUGGCCACAUCAUUGGCACUGAAUAUUUGUCUGAUCUGGUGGAACAGGAACAUGCUCACAAGCAUGAUGAUAAAGAUGAGGAUUCUGAUGAGAAACUUCAUUCACUUGGCUUUGAUCAAGCUUCUGAAAAAUUGAUCAAGAAAGUGAAGCAAGCAUUGGAAAAUGAUGAAGGAUGUCGGGUUUAUGGAGUUCUGGAUGUUCAAAGGGUUGCUGGAAACUUCCAUCUAUCAGUUCAUGGGUUAAACAUUUAUGUAGCUCAAAUGAUAUUUGGGGGAGCUACACAUGUAAAUGUGAGUCAUACCAUCCAUGAUCUAUCGUUUGGGCCAGAAUAUCCAGGAAUUCACAAUCCAUUAGAUGGGACAGUGCGGUUGCUGCAUGAUACAAGUGGAACAUUCAAGUAUUACAUAAAGAUUGUUCCCACUGAAUACAGAUAUAUAUCGAAAGAAGUUUUGCCAACAAAUCAGUUCUCUGUAACAGAAUAUUUCUCUCCAAUGGAUGAGUUUGAUAGGACAUGGCCAGCUGUUUACUUCCUGUAUGACCUUUCACCUAUAACUGUGACAAUCAAAGAAGAACGACGCAGUUUUCUCCAUUUCAUUACUCGGCUUUGUGCAGUAUUAGGUGGCACAUUUGCUUUGACAGGGAUGUUAGAUCGUUGGAUGUAUAGGUUACUGGAGGCUUUGACUAAUAAACGGAAAGUUAGAAAUGCACUCAGAUAGAUUCGGAACCUUUUUAUAUAUGGUAACUCACAUGGAUGAGCAUCUCCAACAAAUUUAAUUUAGAAGUAAGAUUGCAGAUUGAAUUCCCCAGUUUCCAGCAUGCGGCUUUCAGGGGCCAAGAGUGCAGCCAGCCGGAGUCAGCAUAUUAUUUCCUUGUUAUUUUUAUUUGCUCGACAUUUCUUAACUGAUGUGUUCUAUUUAAUCAUCUUCUCUAAUACUUUCCAGGGUGGAAACAUAUAUAUAAAAUUGUAAUACGAUACUAUGCAUCUGAGGAUUACUGAGAUCUAAACUUUUGGAUUGAUGAUAGUAGAUUGUUUGCCUAGGGACCUAUUAUAUUGUAUUGAGUUUGGGACAAAUAAAUUUUUCCCGGUUAAAAACA